GUUGAGGCAUUUUGCUCCAGCUGACGCUGAAGCGGCGACGCGUCGUUUUCUCGCCUCCCCUUCGUCCUUAUCAAACGUACAGUCACGGAUUAUUACGGAAAUGUCGUCGAGAGGGCGGAGAGUGUGUGCGCUGGAAAGUGGGAGUCGUCGGCCACAUGCAGGAUUCAAUGGAGGCCAAAGCUGUGGAGGGAGACGCGUUCUUCAUCGUCACUCGCGGGAGGUCGAGGAAAGGCUUCUGCCGAGGAUGCGUCGGCCGCGUGGAGGGCGAGACGCCGAGCGGGGAGCUGCUGGGGCUGGUGUACAACGGCGGCCGGCCGAAGAGCAGGGGCAUCGUGCGCACGGAGAACACGUGCCCUCUGACCCGGCACCAGGCGCAGCUGCUGCUCUUCGUGACAACCCCCAGCAAACGCCUGGAGCUGCUGUGCAACGCCCCGCUGUUCAAGGCCAUCUGCGACCUGUCCCAGGACGACGUGGUGGUGGUGAAGCACAAGAAGGGGCCGCAGCCCGGGAGGGUCAAGAACCUGAUGCAGAUCGGGAGGAAGGAGAGCGACGACGAGCUGCACAUGCUGGGCUUUGAGGUGGAGUUUGUGGACAGCGAUCACACACUGUCAUCCAAGAAACCUGUUCCUCUGCCCAUGUUCAAUGCCGCAGACAUCAUCCGCGUGGUCCCGUCCGCCUCGGUUCCCUUGGGCCUGCACUGGAAAAACGGACAGUACGGGGCUCUGAACAAAAAAGCGGUGACGCGCAUCAGCUCCAUGCCCAGCGCUGGACCUACGGGGAACCCGCGACAUGUGAAGGACGGCAAAGAGCCCAGGAGAGCGCGCGGCCCCGCCGCGGCGGCGCUGGAGGUGGGCUCCAUGGUGGAGGUGGUGUCCAGCUCGGGGGUGACCGUGUACGGUGUGGUCCGUUGGUUGGGGGUCCCUCUACGAAAGACUGAAGAAUGGGCUGGGAUCGAGUUGGACUACGAAGUGACUGGCUGUUCUGACGGGAAGUACGGAAACCAGAGAUACUUCACGUGCAAAGCGAACACGGCUUUGUUCGUUCCCGUCACCAAAUGCAGCCCUGAUAGUAGGUUUGCCUGCUCCUCCAUGGGACCGGAGACUCGCAGGUCCACCGACACGCCUCCCGUCCCUUCGUUUGAUGACUCGGCAGAAUAUGCUCCACCCAUCCCUGAGUCAGAGGCCUUGUCUCUGCUAGUGGGAAGAAUGAAGGGGAUUCAGGGUCACGUAAACUCCUGCUACCUCGAUGCCACGCUGUUUAGUUUAUUCAGCUCGUCGGUGACCCUGGAUAACAUCUGGCAGAGACCUGCUGAAGCGGAGCAGCCCAUAACCUGCAGUCUGAGGAGCAUAGUCAGCUGUUUACGCAGGCAAGGGUUUGUGCCUGCUGAAAGCGUGACGAGUUUCCGUAAAGAGCUCGGCUGCAACACUUUUCAAACGGACGAAAAAGAUCCAGAAGAGUUCAUCACUGUCCUCUUUCAGAAGGUGCUUUGCAUAGAGCCCCUGCUCAAGCUCAGAUCACGAGGGGAAACCUCCCAGGGUUCCUACACCUUCCAAAUUAUUGUAGAGAAGGAGCAGAUGGGACAGGUGCCCACCGUCCAACAGCUGCUGGACACAUCCUGCUUGUCCAGUGACCUCAAGUUUGAAGAGGUGCCGUCCUGUCUGAUGGUUCAGAUGCCGAGGUUUGGAAACAAGUAUAAGAUGUUUAAUCACAUCAUACCUUCCACUGAGUUGGACAUCACAGACCUCUUGCACAACUCCCCAAGAGAAUGCUUUGUCUGUGGGUGUCUGGCACAGUAUGAGUGUUUUCACUGUCUACCGGAUCGCAAACUACAGCCAGGACGGAUCAAACAGUACUGCUCUGUCUGCAACACACAGGUGCAUAGUCAUCCAUCGCGGCAGGGUCACUCCCCCAAAGCACUCGAGGUUCCUGCUGAUGUGCCCUGCGACACUCCUGUGCCCAGGCACGUGAUGCAGCUCUUUGCUGUGCUCUGCAUUCAAACCAGUCAUUAUGUCGCCUAUGUCAAAUAUGGCCCAGACCCGAACUCCUGGCUCUUCUUUGACAGCAUGGCAGACAGAUGUGGUGAUGAUCAGAGCGGAUACAACAUUCCCGAGGUCCAGGCUUGUUCGGAGAUCGGCAUCUUCCUGGCUCAGCCAGAGGAGGAGCUUGCUAGGGCCAGCCCUUCUCAGGCGCCUGAACUGGUGCGGCGGCUGCUGUGUGACUCCUACAUGUUUUUAUACCAAAACCCAGCCACACCAAGUUCAAAGCCAAGCCAUGAGGAGUAAAUGCAUUAAAGGACAAGGACACAGCGUUCUCACAACAGUGCCUCCAUAACCUUGCAUCAGUGCUUAAUCAGCAAGAGUCUGUGAUGGUUCUUGCAAAUACACAGUGGAAACACAUGCUUUUAACAUCCCCGAACAAAGCACUGUUAUGAAAAACAACAUUAUAGUGCAAAAUUUGUACAUUUACAUUGAUGUGAACCUGUAGAGGGAUUAAGCAAUGAAAAUAUAAAUAUACUCCAGAUUAGUCUUUUUGAUCUACUUAAUGUCUUUGUUUUUACAGUGAUUAUUUAUACAGUUUGUGAAUACCAACUUUGUAACUUUAUUUGUUUAACAGGUUAUUUUGUUACUGUAUACAAGUAGAUUUACUCAUUUAGUUGCAUUUGUUGUAAAUUUGUCAGCUACAUUAAAGUUUGUAAUGUUUUUAAAUGACCAGCUUUCAAUAUCUGAACUACGACUUCCUUAAUCUUGACAGUGAAUGCAACUUUGAGGUUUUGAGCUUCCUUUAAAGUAAUGUUAUUCCCUCUUGUGUUUGUCUUGAAUGCUGAGUUCAUGUUUAAAAUUCCUUUGAGGAAUCCGUUUCCAACUCAGGCAAAAAUCUUUCCUCCAGUGAAUAUUACACAAUUAAGGUGUGGAAGGAACAUUGCAAGUUAUGUGCAAAUCAACUAACAGUUAUGACAGAAUGAAUAUUUACUUAAUAAUGAAGAUUAUCUUUAUUACUAUGCGAAUUAAAUUAUUGUUUGGGGACA